AUGGCGCAGUCCAGCGAGCACGCUAAAUCAACAACCCCAUCGAUUACCAGCAGCAGUGGUCCACAAAGAUUCGAUAAAAUCCCAGACGUUGACCCGAAGACGGGUCUUCACGAGAAAAGCCCAACGACCCUCAAGCGCCAGUCCGAGCCGUGCGAUAUCACAGUCUCCCAUGGAAUAAUACGGCAGAGCUCGGCGGUGGAUACAAAGAAACCAUUAAAAGCAGGAGCACAAAAAAGCAGCCUCCCACCAGAGAAGGUGUUUUCAAUUCAAUUGGGGUCGGAAUUGUUUCGGUUAUCAGGAGCAUCGAUUGCCUCUGAUGCACCGUCGUAUUUUUCCACGUUUUUUGAGGAACAGCUGCAGCAGACAGAUCAGAAUGGAAACAUUCGGACACUAUAUAUCGAUCGGGAUCCGGUGAUAUUUCAUGAGAUCUGUCGGCAUUUACAAGGAUAUCACGUCCGACCCCGGAAUGGCGAAGAGUUUGUGAGACUAUAUACGGAUGCGCAAUUCUAUAGCUUGCCCCGACUUACUUCACAGCUCUUUGAAUCCGAAAUCUUUUUCCAAAUUGGCGACCGCGAUUUUCAAGUGCCCAAAGAUAUCUUCUCGGCGCCAGGAGACUCCCCCAACUUCUUCACCCUUGGAUUCAAUAUUCACUUUUCCGCUCCUCCUUUAUUACUACCGGGACUAGACAAAAAAGGAUUAUUGCGACCUCCUUCGAUCGUCCCUCCUAGUGUCCCAGGUCGAUCAGCAGAAGUGUUCUCUCAAUUAAUACAUUUGCUCAGAGGGUAUCCGGUUCACAUCAAGGACGAAAGUCACCGGGCAGAGCUUUUACGUGAUUGUCGAUAUCUCCACUUGCGCGGCCUUGAGCAGAAACUUAUUCCUCACGAAAUCAGCUACAAUCCUGAACGAGACUGUAGCGAAAUUAUGAUUCGACUAGAAGAUAUUCGUCAAUCGGGCGUUCAGUUUGUAAACGAUGGAUCCAUUGUUGAUGGAUCUACUCCCGCGGGUUGGGUAUAUUACGCGCGACCGUUCGUGGACGAAAAAGCAUGUGAAUUGAUAGUGGAGAUUGGAGGACAAGGCACGAUAAUCGACCUGGAGUCCAUGCGUGCUGAAUUUCGCGGCCUGACAAAUGCUCGUGUGAGCAGUCUUGUGCAAGUGAUUUCGAACAAAUUGAAUCUACCAAACAAAGCCCCAUUGGGAUUGAUGAUGAUGGCUGGAGGGGGAACCAGGAGCACUGCUACUAGUCCAGGGCAUUCACCCAUCAGCGAAGAUCGACCAAAGGUAUCAAUCGGGCCGGAUGCGGAUAUUAUCAUUGAUUCCGAAUCAUACUACGUCAGACCAGGAGGGUAUACAGGCUUCAAUUUAGAAAAAUACAACAGCAAUUCUACAAACGCGCACAGCACAUCUGCAGGACCGCCCGCAAAACGGAAACGAGAGGAGGACAACAGCAGCAGUAACGGAAAUGGCAACAGCGGUCCACAAGGGCGAUGGAUGGUUCAUAAUGGUCAAUGGCGAUUACGAGUCCAGCCAGAUGGGAUUAGCAAUCAGCUUGAAAUAAUAUUUACGGCCGUUAAAUUGGAUGUAUCGACAAGUCAAAGAGCGCGGAAUCGGAAACGAGGAUUUUUGAGCUAG